CCACCGCGCCCGGCCACGUGAAUAAAGUUUUAAACGAAAAGCAAACAGGAAACGAGCGUCGGCGGCGAAUCUGCAGCUACCAAUGUAAAGGUCGGGUCGCGGCCGGCGCGGAGAAUCUGCCGUCGCCUGCAGCCGCUCGCUUGUCUCGGUGGGAAGAUAGCUCCAGCUUUGCUGAGAAUUAUCUGGGGGCAGAAUAUUCUGACCACAGGUACGUGGAGGUUCUAGCUGAGCCAGAACAUGAACGAUUGGGUGCCCAUCGCCAAGGAGUAUGAUCCACUGAAAGCGGGUAGCAUCGAUGGCACCGAUGAAGACCCACAUGACCGCGCAGUCUGGAGGGCAAUGCUGGCACGAUAUGUCCCCAACAAAGGUGUCAUAGGAGAUCCCCUCCUCACUCUGUUUGUGGCCAGACUAAACUUGCAGACCAAGGAGGACAAAUUAAAGGAAGUCUUUUCCCGCUAUGGUGACAUCCGGCGGCUUCGGCUGGUCAGGGACUUGGUCACAGGCUUUUCAAAGGGCUACGCCUUCAUCGAAUUCAAGGAGGAACGUGCCGUGAUCAAAGCUUACCGAGAUGCUGACGGCCUGGUUAUUGACCAACAUGAGAUAUUUGUGGACUAUGAGCUGGAAAGGACUCUCAAAGGGUGGAUCCCUCGGCGACUUGGAGGCGGUCUGGGGGGAAAAAAGGAGUCUGGGCAACUGAGAUUUGGGGGACGGGACCGGCCUUUUCGAAAACCUAUUAACUUGCCAGUCGUUAAAAACGACCUCUAUAAUAGAGAGGGAAAAUGGGAAAGGCGGGAGCGAUCUCGAUCCCGAGAAAGACACUGGGACUCGAGGAUAAGGGAUCGAGACCAUGACAGGGGCCGGGAAAAGAGAUGGCAAGAAAGAGAACCACCCAGGGUGUGGCCCGAAAAUGACUGGGAGAGAGAGAGGGACUUCAGAGACGACCGGGUCAAGGGGAGGGAGAAGAAGGAUAGAGGUAAAUAGAGGCCCAACAGUAGACCCCAAAAGGGAGUGGAGGGUGGUUGUCUUUCAAUGCAGCAUAAGUCUAAUGGUUGAAUAAAACUUACUGAUGAUCA